ACAUCGGCUACGUUCUAGCGGUGGCUUUGCCGUUUAAAAGUCACGUGACACGCGCUUAUCGUCUGCAGCAGCACAAAAGCGCAGGUGAAAGUACUCAACAAGCUGCUAGAAUCCUCGAGUGCUCGACUGCAUACGCGACGCAGAACUUCACCCACAGCAUGGCUCCCACGAUCAAGAAAGUUGCCAUAUUCGGAUCGACCGGUUUUACUGGACAAGCGGUGCUUGAUUACGCCGUGAAAAAAGGGUACGAGGUGACCGUGCUCGUGAGGGAUGCCUCUAGGCUGCCCAAGGAUACCACGCCUCACCACGUGAUUGUGGGUGACGUGCUAAAGAAAGAGGAUGUCGACAAGGCUGUCAAGGGCCAGGAUGGUGUCAUCGUGGUGCUCGGCACAAGGAAUGACACGAGCCCCACUACAGCUCUGUCCGAUGGACUGAAGAACAUUUUGCAGUCCAUGUCCGACCAUGGAGUGAAGCGAAUCUCUGCCUGUGUAUCAUCCUUCCUCUUCUGGGAACGUGCCAAGGUGCCACCAAAAUUUGUACCGUUGACGGAGGACCAUGAGCGCAUGUACGAAGCGCUCAAGGCUUGCGAUCGCGAGUGGGUUGCCAUCUUCCCUCCGCAUAUUGCAGAUGAACCGGCACGUGGUGGCUACAAGAUGGUGAACGACGCGCCUGUUGGCAGGGCCAUCUCCAAGUUCGAUCUGGCCGAAAUCCUUGUCAACGCUCUUACCAUGGACGAGCACAUUGGACACAGCGUUGGCAUCGGCUACCCGUCUGCCUGAGCAGGUCUCGACGGCGCCCCUAGUUCCUGCGAGCGUUCCACCCAUUUUGAUGGGCUUACUUACUCCUCACUAUGGUUUCGUGCAACUAUAAAUGUUUGCACAUUCUUUCGUGGUGUUAGUGCUGAGAUUAUGAAGAGAGAUAUUUUUCUAUUUGUUCACACAAACAUAAAAUAAAGUUGCUACUAUAUAAGCACAGAA